GCUUUGUAUCAAGAAGAAGACACUAAAACCCUUGUAAAGUGUUUGUAACAGGCAGGACUGAGAUUGACAGAUUGUGCCUCCUAUAUGAGCUGUGUAGAGAAUGGGACCACAGAGAGUUGUGAGUUUUGUGGCUUGUCCUGAAAGUGAUAAACGAAAUGUGGCACUCAAAUGUCUACUUGGUGUAUUGGCGUUAGGCACUGUUCUCAAUGCUUGUGGGACAAUAUUCCUGCUGCUGCAGUGGGGUGACAUUACCUCUAGGAUUAAGGAACUGGAAGAACAGAGACCUUUUCAGGAGGAAAUUUUGACUUCUCACCUGACCCAGCUGAUCUCAGAGGUGAAACAACAGGACACAGACGAGCCUGAGGCACAGGUGUCCAGGAAUAAGAGAAGCCAUCGUCACAAGACACCAGAGAACCACAUCAGAGCUGAGAAUGAGGACAUGCUUAUGAUGAUGACAUACUCCAUGGUACCUGUUCGAGUUAUGUUAGAUUUAUGUAACAGCACAAAAGGAAUCUGUUUAACAGGCCCCCCUGGACCACCAGGACCCCCUGGUCUUGAUGGAUUGGAUGGUCUGCCAGGUUACAAUGGUUCUGAUGGAUUCCCAGGUCUUCCAGGGAAAAAAGGUGAACCUGGACAGACAGGUAGAAGAGGAAAGAUAGGUGAACCUGGCAUGAAAGGUGAACCAGGCCUUAAAGGAGAAAAGGGAGACCCAGGUGAAAUUGGCUUGGCUGGCAAAGAUGGCAUGCCUGGAAACACUGGAGAGAAGGGGGACAAAGGUGACGUGUCAAAUGAGGUCAUGGAUGGAAUCAAAGGAGAAAUGGGACCUCCUGGUCCUCCAGGACUUCCUGGUCCACCAGGUCCGGAAGGUCCAUCAGGUAGAAAGAGAGUAAAGGCUCAGAAAACAGUUACAGUUCUCAGCAAUAAAUGUACAGGUGAUUCUUGUGAUGUUCCUAACGAUGACACCAUGGCUGAAAAACUGAAUGAAAAAAGCAAUGGGCAGCAAUCAAAACAAGGAGAUUUCACCAUUAAAGCAAUAGAUAGCCCAACACACAUUGCUAAAUUAAAAGGUACCUUUGGAACUUGGAUGAUGGAGUCUUCUAACACAAGUGAUGACAGAAUUUGGGUUGCAGAACAUUUCUCAGGGCUAGUACUUAAACAGUAUGAAAAUCUAACCGCUCUUCUGAAUGAAUACUACAAGCCUAUUAAACUUCAGUCAUUCUAUUAUGGAUGUGGACACCUAGUGUAUAAUAAGUCGCUGUUCUAUCACAAAGGUGGAUAUAAUAAAAUUAUACGGUAUAAUCUUGAAUCUGCAUCUGUACAAACAUUAACUAUCAACAAUGCAGCCUUCAAUGGUCGGAAUUAUCUCUUCGCAAACUCAAAAACCUACUUUCAAAUAGCUGCUGAUGAGAAAGGUCUGUGGAUAAUCCACUCCUCGGAUAUAGAUAAAAGCAUCAUUGUUGCACACUUGGAUGAAAAAACAUUUUCUGUCAUCCAGCAUAUCAAUACUACAUAUCCAAAAUCUAAAGCCGGCAAUGCUUUCAUAGCAUGUGGAAUCCUUUAUGUCACAGACACCAAGGAUUUCCGGGUGACGUUUGCAUUUGAUCUCUUGAAAGGAAAGUCGGUUGAAGCAAAUUUUGACCUGAGGUCUUCUUCGUCUGUUCUUUCUCUUUCUAUGCUUUCCUAUAACCCUAAAGACCAACAUCUGUAUACAUGGGAAGAUGGCUACUUAUUGCUGUACCCUGUGCACUUUGUUUCUAAAACAUAAAAUUGUGCAUGCUACUAUUUUUCACUAAAAGGUCAAAUUGAAUUGAAUGUACAGUAAGGAUUAUUUAUUAGUAAUGCACACAAUGCUCUUAUUUAUAUGCCUCAAUGAGUGAACUUUAUACAGAUUUAAAAUAAGAUUUUUUUUAUAACCUCUUUGAAACUUGACUAAUGUAUUCAUCUAUAAGUAUUUCAUACCAGAAUUAAAGAAAUAAAAUUAUUCUGGUUUAAAUUA